AUGGAGAGAGAGUGGACGAGCGAGAAGCCGACGUCGCCAGCCCGUCUUCCGUCCGUAAUAGGAAAGGCGGAGGCUCAGCCACGUGCGCCCCAGCCACCCCAAUCCCGAUGGAGUCUCAGGGGCACAUCGCAAUCAGCCUAUCUUAUCCCGCUGGCGAUUAACUUCAUUCAAUUCCCUUCCGUACCCCAUCCCCCAGACUCGUGUGCCUCCGUCCCCAUUCUGAUCGCGAUCAGACGCCGCCCAUCCCUUCCUUCGCUGCUAAGAAUAACCCCCAUUCCACGUAACGCCGCUGCUGCGCUGCCCCGUGGCUUGGGCUGUCAUCGCCAUCCUUGCUCCCACGUCAUCUGGUGCAACCAUCCUCUCUCGUUCUCCCGCGUCUUCCGUUCAACCUCGCAGCACCUUCGCAUCCACGGUCGCUUCCUCCAUACACCUCUCAACCCAGGUCUUUUGCAUGUGAUAUGCCGAUCGGGCACUUACACCGACUAUUCGAUUAAUGUUCAUAGUCGGGUUGACACGGUCAGACUAGUCAGCAAUGGCACGCCAGUUCCAGCCUUACGAGCCGGAGCUUCACAAACUGUAGGCCAUGCGUAUAUCUUACUUGCAGGUCCCCGCACCCCAAGCUCUCCUUAUCCACGCGGCGGCACCCCGCUAUCCUUCAAACCGAAUGUGAAUCGGGCGAAAACGAAACGUUGGGUCGAGGCCAAAAAGUACUCGUACGAUGGGAAUGAUUGGGGAGAUGAUGAGUACGGCGAGUAUGAUGAUGAGGAUGAGACUCCGCCUGUUCCGCAGCCUCCCAGCAUGAACCAAAGCACCGGAGAUAUCCCUAGCAUGUUCACGAGAGACGUGUCUCGUCCACCCCUACCUUCAGCAGAUCGGUCGAGAUCCAUGGAUCAGGUGGCAACACUAGAUGCAGCUGGUGCUGGAGCGCAUCGUAGCCUCUCUGCAGACCGCAUGGCGGCCGCUCCAAAUAACAACCGGACUGUCCCUAUUGUGCGCCCGGCUGAGAUCUACAAGAGGAUGAGAGCGGAAAGUGCUGCUAGACAGCAGGCAUCUGAGGCCGGAUAUUUUGUUGACAACCCGGGUGCGGCGCCACCUGGAGCGCCAGUGUCUCAGGAUACUGCGUCGACCUCUCACGAACAACAACCAGCGGCAUCUCCCGGCGAUCACAUACUCCACCCGGCCCAGGACCUUACUGAGAGGCCAUCAGAUGCUGGAAGUACGCCCCACGGCUCCCGUCCUGCUGACGCAUCUACACAUGAGCCUCCCGUCAUCCAGCUACCAGAUAUGAAACGUCUUUCUGGAUUUAAUCCUGAUCUCUCACUCGGACCCCAUUCUAACGCCCAGAUAAAUCCGGAGUCGGAGGGUCAGGAACAUACACUACAGCACAAUCCUUCUUUGGGAUUCCGGUCGGUUGUUCACCAGGCUUUCGAUGUGGAGACCCCAAGCACCACGGUGGACAGCAUUGCUCGGUCUAACAGCGAUAGCACCUCGGUGAUUAGCCCGAUUAUACCCCAGCACAACCCGAGCGAGACCAAGACUCCUACGAUUGUAGAAGAACCCGAAACCAUCUCGACACCCAAAGAAGAACCAGGAAACAUGGUGUUCAAGCCCGGCCACCGUCGAGAUUUGAGCCUUCCUAGCCCAAAUAAUAGCCCAUCUAGAACACCGGUUAUCGCUAGCGUCGAAGGAACUGCGCCGUCUGCGGUCGGGGAAAUGGCCUCGAACACUCCAGACUCGCCCCAGAACAUUAUUGCAAGCCCGCAGAAAGCAACGGUGCAAUUGCCAGAGGCUGGCGACGGUCUUCCCGCGCCACUUAGCGUUGGUACCAGCCAUCCUCCCUCCGAACCUACAAUCACCACUGGGGACGGUGUCCCAGUAAUCAUUCCAUCCUUCAGUACAGACAACUCGCCCCAGGACACGGAGAGUGAUCGGCUGCGGAAGGAAAUCAUUCGUUCUUUGAGCCGGGAGAACACCCCGUCGGAAGAUCCAGACCAUGAAGAUGAGCGCCGCCUGGAAGCACCGCAACAGGACAGCAGUGUUAUGCUGGACGAAUACGAGCGUUACUGGACGAAGGAGGCCUUGCCCACUUCUCGCGACGGUGACCAACCUCCUGAUUACGGGAGUCCCUCAUCUGCCCCUCAGGAUACGCCCACACAACCAAACCCUCUCACUGCCGCACCAACACCUUCAGCGCCAGCCUCGAAGCCGAAGCUGACCAGGCGAUUCUCUUGGGAAUCUUCGUCUUCUGGCGAGGCUGCACCCGAUCCAGGCGUUCAGUCCCCGCCCGUGCCCAUGCCCGGGCAAUUCCCGCCCACCGAGGACCGCCCGCAGCUAUCAGAGAUACCUCCCAUUUCAGAGCCUGUCGUCGAGGAACGCGAAGCAACCGAGCCGCCGUCCACGGAGAAGCCGAAGCUCACUAUCGUGCCUCCCGUACCGGACGAUCGCAGCAUUAUCUCCGAUGGGCAGUACCUCCCUGAAGUCUACAACGCAGAAGUCAUUCCCGACUCUCACGCAGACGAGGGUCCACAGACAGGCUCCGACCGGGGGGCAUCGCGAGUCAUGUUCACGACCCCGGCGACAGUCGAGCCGACACUACUUGGAUUCCGUGAAAUACUGGCAAUGAAGACGUCAGAGGAACGCGUUCGGGCCUUUAACGACACCCGGACGAAGUUCGGAACCAUUGAUACGGGUCUGAACCAAUGGAUUUCCGUCACUGUCCAGACACACCCAGAACACAAUGAUGUGGUCGAGAAGAGCACGAAACUGACCAGCACUGAUGCCAAGGCGCCCGUCUCUCGAGGCAAAUUCCCGAAGUUGGCGGCUCUUGGUAAAGCUGAUCUGUCCCCAUCUGGCUCGGGGCACGCGCGACGGCCAUCGGCGCCAUUGGGGGCAAUGAUGAACAAACAGCAAGUAGAGCAACGCGGCAAAGAGCUGCUGCACACGGCGGGAGUUUUGGGUGGGCGCGCAGGCGAGGCCGCCAAGGGAUUCUUUGCUCGCAGCCGGAAUCUCAGUGCCUCAGAAUGUGACAUGAAUGAUGUCUUCACUCCUCCUUUUCGGGGAUUCCAGGCCUCGCGCGGCUAUCGUCGACCGGUGCCCCUGUCGGAGCUCCAGCAGGCAGCCGACCUGGAUCCUUCAGGAACCAGGCCCAGCCACCAGCGCCAUAGCAUCCACUUUGGAAGCCUUCCGGUCACCGGCGCUUCUCGACCGGCGGGACACCAUCGGCUGAGCUGGGGGGUGAAGCGGAAGGAAGUCCCUCGUUCUGAGAGCGACCCAGUAGCCAUUGGCGAGGAUCGCCGUAGGGCAUCCAUUCACUUGGGAGCUGUAGCCCGGGAGUCUUUCCCGUCUCGCAAACCGGCACCCGCCCGUGAUCCUCGAAAGAACAUCGCUGGAGAUGAGCAUGAACAGCAACAGGAGAGACUUGAUGACAGCGGGACUAGCCGGAUCCAACUGGCCCUCAAUGGCGCGCCACUGGCAACCCCUGGUCAGCCCGGUCAGGCCGGACAAAGCGUGUCGGGCCAAUUAGAUGGGGUGAGGGACGGCGACCAGGCUGGUGCUGGAGGCGAUGCUGCGUUGCCCCCUGCAGCCUUUGUUCAACCUCGGCGGGGGUCAGUCCAACCAUCAAUCUCGUCAUUGGGCACUCAGGAUGCGGUUGCUGAUCCUCCCCUCGCCCUGGCGCUUAACGGUGAGAGCCUCGUUCGCUCGGGAAGUGAAUCGGCUGAACUGACGGCUGUCUCCCUCGCAGCGCCUCUUGCCUCGUCCAGUCUCUCUCUGCCCUCCAUCGUCGGUCAUCACCCCGACCUCGAGAUGGAUGCGACCGGUAAUGAUCGGUCUUUGCUGCGUCCGCUCUACGGUCGUCAUCCACCUUCGGGCCACUUACGAGUCAGCAGCAUGUCCUCGCUGAGGCCAAGCCGACCGUCGAGUCGGGAUGCGACCUCAGGAGCGAACUCCCGAUCGCAGGAUUCCACCCCGCACGCGCGCCUGGCCGCGCUGAAGAUGAAGUACGGCGACAAAAUCCGGGACAUUC